AUGUUUCUCCACGGAUCGCCGAACCUCCAUAUCCUGGACCUUUUUCGGCAUCGCCGAAAACACCGUCCCGCGGCAUUCGGAUUCGAGAUGGCGCAUAAUAAGAUCCUGGACUGGGCGUGCGCUUACAAGGGUGGCAGCCCCACGUACAGCUAUCGGAUUGGUGUGGCCGAUGGGCUUGUCGCCAUGGCCAGACGCGAGAAGAAGAGAGAGCUUGAGGAGGUCCGGCGCAAGGAGCUGGAUAUGGUAGCUGCUAGGGAAAGAGAAGAGGCGAUGGAGCGCCAACGGGUGCUGGAUAGACUCACCAGCCUACCUUCGCCGGACGACUCUUCCGAUGCGGACAGUUAUUGCAGCGACAGUAUGUCUGACUUUUUCGGACCAACGGAUAUUAAACCAGAAAAUGGCAGUGAAGGAAAAGCCGAUUUCAACGAGGCAGAUGAGAGCGUAAUCGAUCUCACGGGCGAUAUUGAGGAAAGUAUUGAGAAAUUUAUCAAGAAAGACUCACAGACACCUGUUAAGAGCGAGAGCACUGCAUUAAGCUCACUGUGGGCAUCUGAGAUGCAGCUGACUCGGUUUCGUGCAACUUCGGAGCAGGUUGCGGACGAUUUUCUCAAGGAGCAUGAUAUCAAGCUGCGACACUCCAAGAGGCGCUCAGUGGCAGCUCGAGACUCUAACGCAUAUCAACAGGGAUGGAUUGACAGUAAAAAUAUUGAUUUCCAUCAGAAACGCUUACAUUCUUCUUAA